CAGGUUUUUCCAGGUGCAGUUAGUGAACCGCAAGGCUGUCGUUUGCAUAUCCGCCUCGACUCUGUUUGUAAUAAUAAGCCAGGAAAGUUGUGGUUUAGUGAUGUAGUUAAACAGAAAACUCUGUACUCGGUUCAGUGUUCACCUGAGGACGGAGGAAGAGGGAAACAGCUGCCCGCUCAUGGCUGUGAUUUUAGUGGCUUUCACUUUGAUGUGCUCCGGGUUAUGGGACAGAGGUUUACUCGCAGUCGGUCAAACUUGCGUGGAUGAAAGUAGGUUUAAAGAACAGGCGGCAUUUGUCGGGCAUCCAUAUCAACUACAGUGCCCCCUGAAGAUUGUUCAGAGCACAUCUCAAACACAGCUGACCUGGCAAAAGGACUGCGUGCAGCUCCCUACAAAUGAGAGCAAAAUCUACCUGGACUUUAACAGCCUAAGUUUGGAAGACCAAGGAAAUUACACCUGUAAGCAACAGAGCAACAGCACGGUCACAUUUACUGUGCGUCUCCUAGUUAAAGAGUCUCAGUGCUCCAAGGCUCCAGAAUUUAAACCUAAAGGGGGCUCGACAACACUCUGGGAAAAUGUGGGAUCCACUGUGAAACUGAACUGCACUGCUCUCCUCUUCUGGGACCCAGCAGAGAAGCAAUGUGACACCACAUUGCAGUGGAGUAAAGAUGGUCAUCCCCUCAAUAACCACACACUUUCCUCGCUGAACACAUCAUCAUGGUCUCCCGGUGCCAACCAGCUGAUGGUAAAUAGCUUCCUAGUGAUCACCCUCAGAGAGCUGGAAGAUUUUGGGCUGUACAGCUGCACAGUGAGGAACAUUUCUGCUGACUUCAGUCUGAAGAAUCUAGGCAGCCCCAGUCACACAGGUGCUGUUAUUGCAGCCGUCAUCCUCCUCCUGUUCCUGGCUUUAGCUGCUGUCAUUUACUCAAGGUGCCACCUGAACAUCAAACUCUGGUACAAGAACUCAUAUGGAGACUAUGAACUCAAUGAUGGGAAAUUAUAUGAUGCCUAUAUCUCAUAUGUGAAUAAUGACUAUGACAGGAAGUUUGUCAACUUUGUACUCAAACCUCACCUGGAAAAUAUAAAUGGGUACAAAGUGCACCUCAAUGACAACGAUAUACUACCUGGUGCAGAUCCUUCUGCAGAGCUCCUAAUGAACAUGAGUCGCUCUCGGCGCCUCAUCGUACUGCUCUCUUAUGCUUACCUUGAACAGGACUGGUGUUCCAGUAACUUCAGACAAGGCCUCCUGCACUUGUUGGAGUUGUGUCAGCAGCCCAUCUUCAUCAUGUUGGAUGGUCAGUAUAAGCGCAUGAGGCCAGAGGUCAAACAGCAGCUUAGUGAGCACCAGCACUGCCUCACCAUACUUACCUGGAGACACAACUCUGUGACGCCUUCAUCUGUCUUCUGGAAAGAGCUAGCUUUAGCAAUGCCUCGCAGUGUUGUCUUCCACAAGGAGUCUGCCGGUGACCCUCAGACGUUGCUAGAGGAUGACAAAGACCCGAUGCUGACCCUUCAGCCGGACUACCUGGACUGCCGUUCAGAUACGGACCCUGCCGGUGAUCUGGGUCUUCGCCUCCCUGUCUACAAAGCUUUGUCCUGCAAAGCUCCAGUGCUCCCCGCUGCAACCAGCUCAGCAGCUGAGCCAAAACCCUCUGACAUCGACAUCUCGGACCUGGGAUCACGCAACUACGCAGCACGCUCAGACUUCUACUGCCUGGUCGCUGAGGACAUCUGAUUCACACGCUAAAACUCGACACUCUGUAGAGAUCGCUGUCGGCACGUCUUUUUUUUGUUUUCUGCAUCGUGUAGCCAACUAUGUUUCCAUUCUGUACAGUGUGUUAUUAAAAUCAGUGUGUUGCUUUCUGUUUCUACAUGCCAUAGAUGAUUUUUAGCAUUUUUAUUUCAUCAUUUCAUACUGAUGUAUAACAUACUUUGUGAGAAAUUGUCUGAAGUAUUUCAGGGACGUAAGUGUAAUUAAGAGUGUGUGUACAAUAAAUAUUUUAUUGAU